UAUCAGGUUACAAGGACCAAAAAAAUCUGUGCCGUGCCGAGUUGGCUAAACUGCCACCACUAACGCCGGCCACUCCGCCCACACCACAACCUUCUCAUUUCAACUUACUGAUAUAACACAAGCCCCAAUUUUACAUUCCUUUAGCCUCCUUCCUUCUUUCCAAAUUAUUCGUCCCCUUAUCAUAAACCCUAAUCAAUUUGGGAAGAUUAGUUUACCUAUAUUACGAAUUAUGCAAACCACGUCAGUUAUAUUCAACACAAAGCUCCUUUUGUCUCCGAUUCAUGCCAGUAAUUACUAUUAUAAUGACAAAAAUUCUCGUUAUUCUCCAGUGAUUGCUCAUCAAUGUAAGAAAUCUAGUGUAACUCUGCGUCCUCAUAGACGCCGCUGCAGCCGUCCUUAUCUUAUCAAUCCCCAGAAUACAUGGAGAAGAUCUUCGGAACUUAACGAAUUCUUACCUCAAGCGCGUUCGUUGGAUAGCUGUAGGCAUGUCUCUUGCUUCAGCUCUCAUAAAAGAAAGCAGGCCUGUUUUAGCAGAUUGAACACUGGGGUCUUCCUUGAAAAGUCGACUUUCCAUCUAUCAAGAAAAAAACUUGACAAUGCUAAAGUCCAACAAGUUCACGUUCCAAUGGCUACUGUGGGCCCUGAAGAGCCACAUGCAGCAAGUACAACCUGGCCUGAUGGUGUUGUGGAAAAACAGGGUUUGGAUUUUUUAGAUCCAGAAGUAGAAAGAACAGAAUUUAAGCAGUUUUUGAGCUACGAGCUUCCAUCUCACCCAAAACUUCACAAAGGGCAAUUAAAAAAUGGUCUUCGCUACAUCAUUUUGCCUAACAAAGUCCCUCCAAAUAGGUGUGAAGCUCACAUGGAAGUGCAUGUGGGAUCAAUUGAUGAGGACGAUGAUGAGCAAGGAAUAGCCCAUAUGAUUGAACAUGUAGCAUUCCUUGGGAGUAAGAAACGUGAGAAACUUCUUGGAACUGGUGCACGAUCAAAUGCUUAUACAGAUUUCCAUCAUACUGUGUUUCAUAUUCAUUCACCAACCAGUACAAAGGACUCUGAUGGUGAUUUACUGCCAGUUGUUCUGGAUGCUUUGAAUGAGAUUGCUUUCCACCCGAAAUUUCUAGCUUCUCGAGUUGAAAAAGAAAGACGUGCAAUUUUGUCAGAACUACAGAUGAUGAAUACCAUAGAGUAUCGUGUUGAUUGCCAGUUGUUACAACACUUGCAUUCUGAAAACAAGUUGAGCAAAAGAUUCCCUAUUGGAUUGGAAGAGCAGAUUAAAAAAUGGGAUGCAGAUAAAAUCCGAAGAUUCCACGAGCGUUGGUACUUUCCAGCAAAUGCCACCUUGUACAUUGUGGGGGACAUUGACAACAUUUCAAAGACGGUUAACCAAAUUGAAGCUGUUUUUGGACAGACUGUUGCCGAAAGUGAUAUGGCUGCAGCUUCUACUUCAAGUGCUUUUGGUGCAAUGGCUAAUUUUCUUGCUCCUAAGCUGGGAGUUGGGUUGACUGGUGGUUUACCUCAUGAAAGGUCAUCUGUUCCCGCGGAGCAAUUGAAAAACUUUAGGAAGGAAAGACAUGCCAUUCGUCCUCCUGUUGAGCAUAAUUGGUCUCUUCCUGGAAGCAAUAUCAAUGCAAAGCCUCCUCAAAUAUUUCAGCAUGAAUUGCUCCAGAAUUUCUCUAUUAAUAUGUUUUGCAAGAUCCCUGUCAACAAGGUCCGCACAUAUGGUGAUUUGCGAAAUGUGCUGAUGAAGAGGAUAUUUCUUUCUGCUUUGCAUUUUCGUAUUAACACAAGAUACAAGAGUUCAAAUCCACCAUUUACUUCAGUUGAAUUGGACCAUAGUGACUCUGGAAGAGAAGGUUGCACAGUUACCACUCUCACAGUGACUGCUGAACCUCAAAAUUGGCGAAAUGCAAUUAAAGUUUCCGUGCAGGAGGUUAGAAGGCUUAAAGAAUUUGGUGUUACAAAAGGCGAAUUGGCCCGUUAUUUGGAUGCACUACUAAAAGAUAGUGAACAGCUGGCUGCUAUGAUUGAUAACGUAUCAUCAGUGGAUAAUUUAGAUUUCAUUAUGGAGAGCGAAGCACUUGGUCACACUGUGAUGGAUCAAAGACAAGGACAUGAGAGUUUGGUUGCUGUUGCUGGCACGGUUACCCUCGAGGAGGUCAAUUCUAUUGGUGCGAAGGUGUUGGAGUUCGUCUCUGAUUAUGGAAAAUCAUAUGCACCGCUCCCAGCAGCAAUUGUUGCUUGUGUUCCAAAGAAAGUGCAUGUUGAUGGAAUUGGUGAAACCGAAUUCAAGAUAACACCGGAAGAGAUAUUAGCUGCAAUUGAAACUGGUUUGAAUGAAACCAUAGAGGCAGAGCCUGAGCUUGAGGUGCCUAAAGAAUUAAUUUCCUCAGAGCAGCUUCAGGAAUUAAAAUUGCAGCGAAGCCCAUCCUUUGUUCCCGUAGACCAAGAAACAAACGCGACAAAAAUAUAUGAGGAGGAUACAGGAAUCACUCAACGACGCCUUUCUAAUGGAAUUCCUGUAAAUUACAGGAUAUCCAAGAGUGAAGCCAAUAGCGGUGUCAUGCGCCUCAUAGUUGGUGGUGGACGAGCAGCUGAAAGUUCAGAGACUAAGGGAGCUGUUAUUGUGGGUGUUCGAACUCUUAGUGAGGGAGGUCGAGUUGGCAAUUUCACGCGUGAACAGGUAGAACUCUUCUGUGUGAAUCACUUGAUAAAUUGCUCCCUGGAGUCAACUGAGGAGUUUAUAUGUAUGGAGUUUCGUUUUACUUUGAGAGAUAAUGGGAUGUGUGCAGCUUUCCAGUUACUUCAUAUGGUACUUGAGCAUAGUGUUUGGCUGGAUGAUGCAUUCGAUAGAGCUAGGCAGUUAUACUUGUCGUAUUACCGAUCUAUUCCGAAAAGCUUAGAACGCUCUACUGCCCACAAGCUCAUGAUGGCUAUGCUAGAUGGAGAUGAACGUUUCGUUGAGCCCACACCGAGUUCAUUACAACAAUUAACACUAGAACGUGUAAAAGAUGCAGUAAUGAAUCAGUUCAUCACUGAUAACAUGGAGGUGAGUAUUGUAGGAGACUUCUCAGUGGAGGAUAUAGAGUCUUGCAUAAUGGAGUAUUUGGGUACAGUCAGAGCAACAAGAGGUUCUGAGCAGGCACAAAAAUACAGCCCAAUUGUAUUCCGACCAUAUACUACUGAUAUGCAGCAUCAACAAGUAUUCUUGAAAGAUACAGAUGAACGAGCCUGUGCAUACAUUGCAGGCCCUGCACCAAAUCGUUGGGGAUUUACUUUCGAGGGAAAGGACCUUCUCAAGUCAUUCAGCAAUAUUGCUACAUAUGAUGAGCAUCUAAAAUUUGGGACGCAGCCUGAAGAGUUGGAGAAUGCUGAUAUGAAACUUCAAGGGAAGUUAUGCGCUCACCCAUUGUUUUUUGCUAUCACAUUGGGACUGUUGGCAGAGAUCAUAAACUCUAGGCUCUUUACAACAGUCAGAGAUUCACUUGGAUUGACGUAUGAUGUAUCUUUUGAAUUGAACCUGUUUGAUCGGUUGAAGCUUGGGUGGUAUGUAAUCUCAGUGACAUCCACUCCUGGAAAGGUACAUAAAGCUGUUGAUGCUUGCAAGAAUGUCCUCCGGGGUCUGCAUAGUAACAGGAUUGCCCCCAGAGAGUUGGAUCGGGCAAAACGAACAUUGCUGAUGCGACAUGAAGCUGAAAUCAAGUCAAAUGCUUAUUGGCUUGGAUUGAUGGCUCACUUGCAAGCGGCAUCUGUCCCUAGGAAGGAUAUUUCUUGCAUUAAGGAUCUCACUUUGCUGUAUGAGUCUGCUACUGUUGAAGACAUAUAUAUUGCCUAUGAACAGCUGAAGAUAGAUGAGAAUUCCUUGUACUCGUGCAUUGGAAUUGCUGGGGCUCAGGCUGGAGAAGAAGUCAUAGCUACAACAGAGGAGGAAGAAUUGGCAGAGGGCCUCCCCAGUGUUAUUCCUAUAGGGCGGGGUUCAUCUACUAUGACAAGACCAACAACUUGAAGUUCAUGAUGCAAAUGCACUGCAGAUAUUGAGCAUAUGAGGUUGAAGAUGGUUUCACGUAAAAGGUUUGCUCCAACAGGAUUUAUACUCUUGUAGAUUUGUGGCAAACAAUAAAAGGACCAACUAGUACUCGGGUGUUUUUCUCUGAGAGUGCUAGUUAUGCUCUGAAAAAAAUUAAGCGAUCAUGGUGUGACUGGUGAUAUGGAACUGCCAGGGCAUCUCUUCAUUCAUUCAUGACAAAAGGAUGAAUUUAAGGUUGGAAUUAAUCACAGCAUAUAUUAUGUAUUCUGUUAUUCAUAUAGGUUUAUUCAUUCCGAAAUUUUAUGUUAGUCAUCCCGGAUUACAUUUCCUCCCUUUCCUGACGGGUGAUGGAUGGUGAAAUUUGUUGUCCUAGCUGAUGCAUCAGAUACAUAUAAUUCUUGAAAAAUUUACAAGUGGCUGAUGAGAUUUUUCAUGUUGUAUCAUACAUUGGAAAUAAAAAUUCCAGUUUCACUGUUCUUACCAGUAAAGAUUUUUUGGUAGUGCUGUACA